AUGGCGAGCCCAAUUCCAGAGCCAGCUGCUGCUCACAAUCCACGCAGUGCCUGCCCAUCCCAAGUCAACAGCGCCUGCAGCAAGUACAGCAACGCCAAUGGCCAGAGACAAUGCCGAGGCGGCCAAUGGAACUGCGUUCAUCUCAACCCGGUCACUCUGGAUGGGAAUUUUGUCACCUAUACUUCAACGGGUGUUUCUUGUUCUAAGAAUGGAGAAUUGUGCUCCUGA